AUGGCUGAUACUAAGACUCCGACCCUCGCUGUGGUCACCGGCGCCUCGUCAGGCAUCGGACGGGCGACUGCGCUGGCGCUGGCCAAGCAGGGCCGGCCGCUGCUGCUCGCACGUCGUGCCGACCGGCUGGCCGAGGUUCAGGCGGAGAUCGGUGCCGAGGUGUGCGAGGUGGCGUCUGUGGAUGUGACGGACAGGGAGGCUGUUGCGACGGCGGUAGAGGCGGCAGUUGCCAAGCACGGGCCGGUGGAUGUGCUUGUCAACAAUGCUGGGGUGAUGAAGCUGGGCAAGGUUGCGAGCCAGGAUCCGGCCGAGUGGAAGCUUAUGCUCGACGUCAACCUCAUGGGCCUGUUCAACGUCACGCACACGGUCCUUCCGUCGAUGGUGGAGCGGAACGGCGGUACGAUUGUCAACAUCUCGUCGAUUGCUGGCUUCAAGACCUUUGCCAACCACGCCGCGUACUGCGCCACCAAGUUUGGCGUCCACGGCUUUACCGAGACGCUCCGCGAGGAGGUGAGCGGCAAGAACGUCCGCAUCUCGCUUGUCUCGCCGGGCGCGGUCUCGACCGAGCUCCUCUCGCACACCACCGACGAAGAGAUCAAGGCCGGAUACGAGGCGUGGAAGGAGGACAUCGGCGGCGCCAUCGAGGCCGUCAACGUGGCCGACUGCAUCGCCAUGAUUGUCUCGCAGCCGCAGAACGUGUGCAUCCGCGAGAUCUCACUCGCCGCCACCAAGCAGGCCCCGUAAGGUGGCAGUCACGGCUGCAGCACACUUUGUUUGUUAAAGCGCUGGUCGGCAAGGG